AUAUACAACACAAUAUGUCGAACACUGGUAUUGUACUUUAUGGAGCGGACAUCAGUCCAUGUGUGAGGGCCGUAAAACUGACCUUCAAGGUUCUGAAUUUGGACUACGAAUACAAGGAGGUGAAUCUGAUAGGGGGCGAACACCUGGGCGAGGAGUUCAUAAAGAAGAACCCACAGCACACGGUGCCGGUACUGGAUGAUAAUGGUACAAUCAUCUGGGACUCGCACGCCAUCGCCACCUAUUUGGUGGAUAAGUACGGCAAAUCGGACGAGCUAUAUCCCAAGGAUCUCGUGAAGCGGGCGAUCAUCAAUCAGCGCUUGUUUUUCGAUGCCAGCGUCAUCUUUGCGAACUUGGCCGACGUAAGCUGCCUUUUUUGGAGAAGUGGUAUUACGGAGGUUCCCCAGGAGCCACUGGACACAAUACACCGGGGUCUGCAGUUGCUGGAGACCUUCCUGGGCGACAGUCCAUAUCUGGCGGGCGACAAGCUGACCCUCGCCGAUCUGUGCACUGGACCCACUGUGAGCUCCAUUCCCGCUGCUGUGGACAUUGAUGCUGCGGUCUAUCCCAAGAUCACCUCUUGGUUGGAUCGCCUCAACAAGCUGCCCUUUUACAAGGAGAUCAACGAGGUUCCGGCUCAAACUUACGUCGGUUUCCUUCGCAGUCAGUGGACCAAGCUGGGGAAUAAGUGAGCAAUACACCCAACGUAAAAUUUGAAUAAUGGCUCGACAUUUAUAGUUAAUUUGUUCCUAUAUGCGCAUACAUUUCAAAAUAUCAAUCAUUUAGCUAAUUAAAAUAUAUGUCUUGAAAAAGAAUA